AUGCUGGAGAAUGAGGCAGGAGCAGACAUGCGACUGGUCCGUCAGAUCAACAAAGGUAUGAAGAUCCAGGCCGGGGGAGAGAACAUGGGCUGCAGCAAGGUCGGAGAAAACCCGGAGAACCAGGUCAUCUGUUUGCAGUGUCAAGACGAGGUGGUGCGGGUUUGCCCGGGGAGUCCGCGCAGUCCCCGCCGCGCCGUCGCGACGCGCCUCUCCUCCGGAUCCGCAGACCGUGAGCCCAGCAGUAGCAGCUACAAUGUCUCGUCCGGAACCUUCUACAGCUGCGUCAGUCAGAUCACCAUCGGGUUUGACCUCGGGGGUCAGGUGGCCAUCGGGUUCUCCCACUGGAAGAGUCCCUUCCCGGCGAGCGGCCAGAAUCUCCCCAGUCCGGACUGCGUUCGCUCUGAGGCCUCGGCCGUCCCGCCCAGCAGCGAGCAUCUCGAGCCGGUGUCCUGCCCGGCGUCGCUGUCCAUCACGCCGCUGCCCACCCUCAGUGCCAGUCAGGAGACGCUCUGCGACAGCAGCACGAGCGUGAGUGUGUCUCUACAUGGGUCUGAGCCCCAGUGGCGGAGCCUCCACCGACGAAGAGUCCCGCUGCAGCCCUCGGCCUCAGGCUACCAGGCAGCGGACAGACCCCUCGCCUUCUCCUCCAGCGGGAAGGCCGACAUCAUGGAGGAAUCCUCGGCUGAAGUCCCGGACUCCAGCACUCAAGACGACGUGCCUCCCCUCGCUGUGAAGGACGUCAAUGUGCUGCUUGAGAGAGAACGGUCAGAAGGCACCAGCAGUCCGUCCAGAGACGACGACUCCACCCUGCUGAACCCAGGAACCCACAGCAGCAUCCUGGAGGACAACACGAAGUCUGAGUCAGGCCUCCCAGAGGGGAGGAGUAAGUCGUGCGGGCUUUGCUUCAGCGAUGGAAAGUGCCGCAUCGACUACAUCCUGGUUUACAGGAAGUCCAGCUCGCAGUCAGAGAAAAGGGAGAUAUUCGAGCGCAACAUCCGCGCAGAGGGCUUGCAGAUGGAGAAGGAGGCCUCUGUUACGAACAGUGACGUGAUUUUUCUGAAGCUUCACGCACCGUGGGAUGUUCUCUGUCGCUACGCAGAGCUCAUGAACAUCCGCAUGCCUUUUAGGAGGAAAAUCUUUUACAUGCAUCGAAGGCACAAGUUCAUGAGCAGGAUGGAGAAACGCAUCAAUAAAUUCCGCGGGUGGCUUCCGCGCAAGCCCAUGAAGUUCGACAACGACACCCUGCCCGACCUGGAGGAGAACGAGAGCUUCACCGCGCCCUUCAGUCGAUCGAGGAUACAUCAUUUCAUCAUCCACAACAAAGACACUUUUUUCAACAACGCCACCAGAAGUCGCAUCGUCCACCACAUCCUCCAGCGGGUCAAAUAUGAGGAGGGUAAAAAUAAGAUGGGACUCAAUCGUCUUUUGAGCAAUAACUCGUAUGAGGCAGCUUUCCCGCUUCAUGAGGGGAGAUACCACAGCAAAAACUCCAUCAGAACACACGGAGCAGAGAACCACCGGCACCUGCUGUACGAGUGUUGGGCCUGGUGGGGGGUUUGGUACAAGUACCAACCGCUGGACCUCAUCAGGAGGUACUUCGGCGAGAAGAUCGGUCUGUACUUCGCCUGGCUCGGCUGGUACACGGGGAUGCUGUUUCCUGCAGCGCUGGUCGGCCUCUUUGUGUUCCUGUACGGCCUCUUCACGCUGGAGCACUGCCAGGUCAGUAAAGAAAUCUGCCAGGCCACUGACAUCAUCAUGUGCCCCAUCUGCGACCAGUACUGCCCCUACCUGAGACUGUCAGACAGCUGCAUCUACGCCAAGGUGACCCACCUCUUCGACAACGGGGCAACUGUUUUCUUUGCUGUAUUCAUGGCUGUUUGGGCGACAGUCUUCCUGGAGUUCUGGAAAAGACGCAGAGCUGUCCUUGCAUACGACUGGGACCUCAUCGACUGGGAGGAGGAGGAGGAGGAAAUACGCCCCCAGUUCGAGGCCAAAUACUCCAAGAAGGAGAGGAUGAACCCCAUAUCUGGGAAGCCCGAGCCUUACCAGGCCUUCACCGACAAAUACAGCCGCCUCGUCGUCUCAACGUCUGGGAUCUUCUUCAUGAUCCUGGUGGUGAUCGCCGCCGUGUUCGGCAUCGUCAUCUACCGCGUGAUCACCGUCAGCACCUUCGCCGCCUUCGGCUGGGCUCUCAUCCGGAACAACUCUCAGGUGGCGACCACGGGGACAGCGGUCUGCAUCAACUUCUGCGUCAUCAUGCUGCUGAACGUGCUGUAUGAAAAAGUUGCUCUUCUUCUCACUAAUUUAGAGCAGCCGAGGACAGAGUCAGAGUGGGAGAACAGCUUCACCCUCAAGAUGUUCCUCUUUCAGUUCGUCAAUCUCAACAGCUCAACUUUCUACAUCGCCUUCUUCCUGGGAAGAUUUACAGGCCGGCCCGGUGCAUAUCUCCGCCUCAUCAAUCGCUGGAAACUGGAAGAAUGCCAUCCCAGUGGCUGUCUCAUCGACCUCUGCAUGCAGAUGGGGAUCAUCAUGGUGCUAAAACAGACCUGGAACAACUUCAUGGAGCUCGGCUACCCGCUGAUCCAGAACUGGUGGACCCGGCGGAGGCUGAGGAGGGAGCACGGUCAGAAAGCCAAGGCCGGCUUCCCUCAGUGGGAGCGAGAUUACAACCUACAGCCAAUGAAUGCCUAUGGACUCUUUGAUGAAUACUUAGAAAUGAUUUUACAGUUCGGCUUCACCACCAUCUUUGUGGCAGCGUUCCCUCUGGCGCCUCUCUUGGCGCUGCUCAACAACAUCAUUGAGAUUCGUCUAGACGCCUACAAGUUUGUCACGCAGUGGCGACGACCACUGCCUUCGCAAGCCAAAGACAUCGGGAUCUGGUAUGGCAUCCUGGAGGGCAUCGGCAUCUUGUCUGUCAUCACCAACGCCUUCGUCAUCGCCGUGACGUCAGACUUCAUCCCUCGCCUUGUUUACGCCUACAAGUACGGACCCUGCGCGGGUCAAGGCCGAGCAGGGGAGGGGUGCAUGAUGGGUUACGUCAACGCCAGCCUCUCGGUGUUCCAGGUGAAUGACUUUGAGAAGAGAUCACAGCCCAGGACCACUGGCUCCGAGCUGAUCGGAGAAGCUGUGAAGUAUUGCAGGUACCGUGACUACAGGGAGCCUCCGGACUCCGCCGAGCCGUACUCGUACACUCUGCAGUUCUGGCACGUCCUGGCAGCCCGGCUCGCGUUCAUCAUCGUGUUCGAGCACAUGGUCUUCGCCAUCAAGACCCUGAUCGCGUACCUGAUCCCCGACCUUCCCAAGGACCUGCGGGACAGGAUGCGGCGGGAGAAAUACCUGAUCCAGGAGAUGAUGUACGAGGCCGAGCUGGAGAGGCUGCAGAAGGAGAGAAACGAGAAGAAGAAGAAGAAGGACAGGGCCCAUCACAAGGAAUGGCCCUGAACGCACCGACUGGGUAUCAGCUGGUGUUCGCUUGUCACUGCACAGUGGAGGGAGGAGAGGAGCACUGGGUUUCCUGCAUGAUACUGGACCCUCAUACCUUCCUCUUGCCACGUCAGACCAGCACCUCUUAGUGGACAGUUGGUGAACUGCAUCCAGCAGGGCCCCUCGGUGACCGCAGAAGCCCACGUGUUUGCGUAAACUGACGUCCUCUCGAACAUUUGGCAGCGGGGUUUUGCUACUUUGUUUUUCUUUUUUUCCUUUCAGUUAGUUUCUACCACUUUGGACUCACAACAGCGUAUGUCUUCAGAUCCUGAAUGUAGAUUUCAAGCAAGACUAAACUUUUACAGAUUUCUUGUUUUAAACAAGAGAAGUAACUCUUCCAGGCUUACUGAAUGACAAACCCUGUUUACAUUUCUCCUUGUUUGAGGAGCUCACAUUUUGCUUUAUUGUAAAUAAAGGUAUUUAAAAUGAAUGUCAGGCCGUGUGCUCUGCUAGAAACAUAGUGCAAUAAAAAAAACUAGAGAAUGCAAUUUCUUCAGAAAUUGCGGUGGGAUUGCUGGCUGCGGAAAAAAAAGCUGAGCUGUAUCGCUUGAUGUAUAACUGGGCGCUAAACUGCAUUGCUUGAAAAGCUGGUAGCUGAACCGUAUCGCUUCAUGUGCAGAUGGGAGCGCAAAAACAUCCCUGGAUGGAUGGCUGGGAGCCAAACUGCACUGCUGGCUUAACGUUACACGAAGGAGCCACUGAAGGAGUAUUAAUAGCUUGAAUAGUAUGAAGGGGAUCGAGGAUGCAAAUUAUAUAUUAUAGGUGCUGAAAUGAGAUUUAUAAGUGUAAGUUGAAUGUAUGAAGAUGGAUUCGAGGUGUCUUGGUUGGGCUGAGGGCCUUUCAGCUGAGAUCUAAUGCUGCGUUCCAGACAACUCAGAGCGAAGAAUGAAAUGUACGGCCUGCGAGUCCCAAAAUCAGACUUGCUACUUGUAAACUCACCAGUCCAUCUACCCAGAAUUCAUGAGGAAGCAGCUGUCUGACAUCACGCAACAGUGGCAGCACCCAAGGGAAGGCUGUAGGAUGCAUUUAUAGACAAGAUUAUUUGUAUUAGGCCAGCCAGUGGCAUAUUUAGACACGUUUCCAGAUAUACAAGGGCCGAAAAAUGAAACAGUACAAUUGCGCCUGUUAACCUCAUGCAGUGUUUUUCCACUUUUUUCGUUCAUUAAUGCAAGGAACUCCACACAGAUUCGAUUGCGUAGUGGGUUUCGUGAAAACUUUGAGAAUUUUAAACCUCUGUCCAACUUUGACUGGAACGCAGCAUAAGGUCAGUUGUGUAUGUGUGGAACGUGUCCUCCAUGUAGACACCAGAGAGUAGUAUAGACAGAACUACCACCCGUCCAUGGUCAGCUGUGAGUGCACUUGUCCAUUUGGGAAUGUGUCGAAAACGUUAUUCAGGCAACGUCAGGGAACUUAUUUCCGACUCAAGGUAAUUUAGGACGUCUGGUGCAAUUGGGACAAAAGCCAUGUCCACAAUUGGGGACAAACUGAUUUUUGGGGGUUGGGCAUGUAGUGGUCAUGGUUAGCGUCACAGGGAAAACAAAUGUAAGUCUAUGUAAAUCCUACAAAAGUGGCCUCGGUGAGUUGAGUGUGUGUCUGUGUCAUUGUCGUCACUAACGCCGGUGUUGCUGCCUUAAAGCCGUCUGUGAGAUACAACGCGUGGCAGCAGUUCCACCAAAAACGACACUCAGUUGUUUUGGGUUUUUUUUACGCAUUUAAGCACGAGCACGUCUCUCCUCUAUAGUGUAAAUGCAGUCUGGACGUAUAUGUUUACAUUCAUGAGUUCCCCCCAUGACUCCCGAGGGACUCCUGGGCCCGAAUAAUGGUCGCUUACUAGAGAUUCACGAGAGUCAGGGUGCGAUGAAAGGAGCCGAGACAGCAGUCGCAGUUCAAAGCGUUUCCGUUUGCGUGUUUGUCUGUGAUGAAGCUACAGCGAGUCUGAAUGCUGAAUGAGUGAUAGAUCGUAGCUCCUGUCACCUGCAGAGAGAGAGGAGUAGUUGGUGUAAGAUAUGUUCACGGUGUCAAAAGUUUGGGAAAUCAGCGCGAUAAAAGUCCUCCUCUCUGUUUUGGUCCUUAAAUGUCUGCUCUCGGUUAACACCCGGGUCAGUUGGGUGGCUCCCCUGUCGCUUUGAGUCUCACGGUGCAAAAACAAGAGAAGAUGCAAUAAGAAGAUACGUUGUUUGAAUGAAAACAUGUUGAAAAAGAGGACGUUAAAGAGAAUUUCUUGAGACGAAUCGAGCGGUUUAACCCCUCUGAGCAUGACAUAACCCACUCUAACUCUGCACAUUCUGGCCCGUUCAUGGGGGAAUGGGGGAUAAAUGAAAAAAAGAUUACAUUUCAGAAGGUAUGAAAUAUACAAAGUGAAUGUUCUCAAAAGUGGAAUAAGGAAGAAUGAGGACGAUCGACUCUGACUUCAGAUGGGAUUGCAGCUGUUGCCCAGCAAUCCCACCAAUCAAGAGACAAAAAAGCAGCGUAGGGAUCCAUUCUAUCCGAGCUGUGGCGGGCAAAAAAAAA